AUGUCUUCCAGUCGCAUUGCUUCAUACUCACUUGAAGAAGAUAUGCACUUGUGCCAUGUAUAUAUUGACAUUUCUCAAGAUCCAAUCAUAGGAAGAAACCAAUCAGGUAACAGUUUUUGGGCAAGAGUUGAAUCAGAGUACCACAAGAAUGAGAAAUUUAGUAAUCAACCUCGACCAAGAAGAUCUUUGCAAACUCGAAUGACUACCAUUAUUGGUGCAUUAAAUCAAGCGAAGAUGUUAUUAGCCCAAGAAAAAAAAUAUAGCAGAGGCUUCAAAUUUGAUCAUGUGUGGCCCAUCCUCAAACACAUUCAGAAAUUUACAAGUGAUGACAACAUUAAUGGACCAAGUAGAUUCCAACAAGAUGGUCCUAAUUUUACUUCGUCAAAAUCAUUAUCUCACAAUUUUGAUUCUCCGACGUCAGCAUCCACCGGUAUGAGUUCAUUUGAUCUUAAUAUAAAUAAUGAGGAAAUCAUUACUAAUUCAACUGAAAGACCUAUUGGUGUGAAAAAAGGAAAGGCAAAACAAUUAGGUGAUGAUCAAUUUAACAAACUAAUGGAACAAAGUAAAAAACUCGUUCAAGUUAUUGAAAAGAGUAACACAGAUAGAAAUGAACGUUAUAAAAGAAAGACUGAAGAUAAAAUUUUAUUCACGGAUUUGGAUUCUAUAUCCGAUCCAGAGUUUCGCUAG